UUUGUGUGCCAAGCUCCUAGAACCUGUCAGAAUAGAAGGCGAGAGUGUAGAAAAACGGAUUAUUUCCCAAAUUAUCGAGAGAGCUAAUGUGUCUGCAAAAAGGACGUCCGGUGUAUACGUAUUAAAUUUUACAAUUGAAAUGCUGCUUGUUGUGUAGUUUCUUGCACCAAGUCUUAAAUAGAGUACAUAUAUUUAUUUAGUUUUAUAUACAAGUGCAGUGAUCAUGGAGUUUUUGGAGCACCCGAAGGAAUUUCCAUCCAAGGACGAUGAAAUCCAUUAUUGGAAGGAUCUAGUGGAACGAUUAAUUGAAGAGAAAGAUUUCAUUCAAAGGGAAUUCGAUGAUUACACUGCUGAUUCUCAGCAGUUGGAGAAGGAGUUUGAGGCCACAAUUGAGCAAAACGAGAAGACUAUUCGCGAGCUGAGAUCCAACAAUUGCAGAGCACAAAAUGAGCUUGAAUCACUUAAAUCUCGUUUGGAUCAAGCAAACCACGAAAACAUGAUGUUUGAAUCUCAGGUGAAAUCUCUGAAGGAUGAAAAGAAGGAGUUGCAGUGGAAGGUUCGGGAGCUGGAACAGAAGAACGAUGAUUUGGAGAGAGCCGAAAGGAUGUAUACAGAAACUGUGGAGGCUGUGAAAACGACUAUGAACAAUGUGAUCGAGAGGAAUGCAAUACUGGAAUCUGAAGUGGACGAGAAGGAAACGUUGAAGGAGAAGUUACAGAGAUUGGUGGACGAAGCCAGAGAUUUGAAGCAGGAAUUGAAAGUGAAAGACCGAUGCCCGGAUAACGAUAGGACGAUGAACGGGCACUCGAACAACGGUCUCGUGGAUUCGAAUCGUCUUCCUGUUGAAUCUCAAACACAAACCACACCAGUUAAACGUCAUUCUAAGAAGGCCAUACUAGUGGAUGGACCAUUAUCCCCAUCCUCCAGGAUCCUCGCACUGAACAUAAUCGGCGACUUGAUUCGCAAAGUUGGCCUCUCUCGUUUCCUGUGCGAGCACUGUGGUCAGGUGAACUGUUCUGUCUGUCCGUCACCUGCAAUCAAUUAAAGAAACGCGCUUACGAACCGCAACACCUCCAACGCUCAAAGGUGUGUUUUUCUCUCUCUCUCUAUAUGUAUCUACCAAAAAAAAACAAAGCCCUAAAAACGAAUCAAAAUUUAAUUUAAACAAAAAAGAGUCCAUGUGAUGUUACAUAAGAAGUACACGAAAAGAUACAAAAAUAUCAGUAACUUCAAUAUCUAGUAACUUCCCAGUACUUUGUACAUUAUGCUUUAUACAUUUUCAAUGGGAACUACCUGUGCAGCUAAUAUGGACCAAUCGUAGAGCUGAAUCAAUAAUUCACGUCCUUACAUUUUACUUCCUGAUUGGUUCCAUUCCAGGGAUGGGCGGCGCUUCGACUAAUUCGGGUCUAAAUCGAAAGUCCAACAACCGAAAUUUCGACUGUAUCAAAAUUCCGACAACCAUAAUCCCGACUGUAUCAGAAUUUCGACAACCAUA